AUGAUUCUGAAAGCAAUUCGCCAUAGAUGUGACAUGAUCAAAAGACUCAUCCUAGAGCUUCCGAGCGGACAAUGGCGUGGACUUUUCGAACACUUGGGAUACCCGCCUUACAUCCUGACCCGAGGAGAUGACGACAUGGUGUCUUUCUAUACUGAUGUUUCUGGUACUCAUAGGCUUGCACGGCCACCCAUGCCUAUAAGUUCAGGCACCUCGAGAUCAGCGAUGGAAAAUGCCAGCGUAUAUCUCAUUCAAGAAGCAUGCUGCAGCCAAUACAUGCAAGAAGAGCCGUAUAUAAGCGAGCAGGCUUUCGGUAUCGACACGUCUGCCAUGUGCUUGUCAUUAGAUGCAGCUUCCAACCAUGUACAUUCUUACAGAAGCUCAAACUUUUGGCUAGUGGGUCUUGACCAUUUCCACGAGGCGUUGAGGUGUUUCCCCUGGACGAAGGAUAUGCCGUUGGCUGGCGGACCACGUCGACUCUGCAGGAUAAGCACAAAAGUCCUGGACAGUGUGAUAAGUCAGGAGCAGGAAAGCAACGGCAGCACAAGCAUAUGCCGUGCAGAUGUGGCUGAUCGCUCCGUGCCUAUCACGCCCACUGUCGGCGCCCUGUGUGACGGAUUCUCGCCGACAUCUUAUCUGCGCUCCGUGAUUUGCUCCAUCUCAAAGGAUCGUGUUGGUAUCAAAGUCCACGAAUCAGACACAUAA